AUGACUUCUGCACACUUGGAAAUAACCAAAACCUGGAAUGGUCAUCCAGUUUCUAGAGAGCACCACGUAAACAUCAACCUCAAGUACGACCAAAACUUGACCAUUGAAGUGUCAUCGCCCUUUUACAACAAUCCCCACCUGCCUGACAUGACCGAUCGUCCGGGCACCAUGGAAAAACUGUACAACUACGAGGUGGUGGAAGUGUUUCUGCUCGGUGAAAAUGACCACUACUUGGAAGUUGAGCUCGGCCCCAAAGGUCAAUAUUUGGUGCUGGAGCUUAAAGGCUACCGAAAUGUCACUCGAUAUCCAAUUGCACUGCCUCACUACCAGUCCAAAGUCAGCGGCCGACGAUGGACUGGCACUGCUCUUAUUCCCAAAGACAUUCUGCCGGCCAAAAUUUCACGCAUCAACUGCUACGCUAUCUAUGGCACUGAACCAAAGCGAACCUACUUGGCACUGUCUCCUGCCCCUUCAAACAACCCAAAUUACACGGCUCCUGAUUUUCACCGAUUAGAGCUUUUUCAACCAAUUUCCAUCUUUAAAUAA